AGUGAGCGGCUGCGCAUAACCCUCCCUGCUGUCACAGCACUAGCGGCCGCUGCUGUCAUUAACCCUCCAAGUCUUUCUGCGUUCUCUUCACCGUCCCGUAACAAUGUACCGAUACCUGGGGGAGCUGGUUUCCCGCGGAGGGGGAGCUCUGGCUUCCUGCACUGCUGACAGUGUCUUGCCGAUCUCUGCCGCACCCAUUCUGCGUCGCUACAGCCAUGCCGUCAACGGAGACGAUGACCCCAACUUCUUCAAGAUGGUGGAGGGAUUCUUCGACAGGGGCGCCGGCAUUGUGGAGGACAAGUUGGUGGAGGACUUAAGGACACGCGAGACGGAGGAGCAGAAGAGGCUGCGGGUGAGGGGGAUCCUGCGCAUCAUAAAACCCUGCAACCACGUCCUGAGUGUCAGCUUCCCUAUUAAAAGGGACAAUGGCGAGUGGGAGGUGAUCGAGGGCUACCGGGCACAACACAGCCAGCACCGGACCCCGUGCAAGGGAGGUAUUCGUUACAGCACAGAAGUUAGUGUUGAUGAAGUGAAAGCCUUGGCAUCAUUAAUGACCUACAAAUGUGCAGUAGUUGAUGUGCCUUUUGGGGGAGCCAAAGCUGGUGUCAAAAUUAACACAAGAAACUAUUCUGAUGCAGAACUGGAAAAGAUAACUAGAAGGUUUACAAUAGAACUUGCAAAGAAGGGCUUUAUUGGACCAGGCAUAGAUGUUCCUGCUCCAGACAUGAGCACAGGUGAAAGAGAAAUGUCAUGGAUUGCAGAUACUUAUGCUAAUACAAUUGGCUACACGGAUAUCAAUGCUCAUGCUUGCGUAACUGGAAAACCCAUCAGCCAAGGUGGUAUUCAUGGCCGUAUAUCUGCAACUGGUCGUGGUGUCUUUCAUGGCAUUGAAAACUUUAUCAAUGAGGCUUCCUACAUGAGCCAGCUGGGGAUGACUCCUGGGUUUGGUGACAAGACUUUUGUCAUUCAGGGAUUUGGUAAUGUGGGCCUUCACUCUAUGCGAUAUCUUCACCGAUUUGGUGCUAAAUGUGUUGGAAUUGGUGAAAUUGAUGGGACCAUCUGGAACCCAAAUGGAAUUGACCCUAAAGAGCUAGAGGACUACAAACUACAACAUGGAACCAUUGUUGGGUUUCCGAAGGCCCAGCCAUAUGAUGGAAACAUUUUAGAAGCAGAUUGUGACAUUCUUAUCCCAGCUGCUAGUGAGAAGCAACUGACAAAGUCUAAUGCACAUAAGAUAAAGGCUAAGAUUAUUGCAGAAGGGGCCAAUGGUCCUACAACCCCAGAAGCUGACAAAAUCUUCCUUGAAAGAAACAUCAUGGUCAUUCCAGAUCUGUAUUUGAAUGCUGGUGGUGUCACAGUUUCUUAUUUUGAGUGGCUUAAAAAUCUCAAUCAUGUUAGCUAUGGACGCUUGACCUUCAAAUAUGAGCGGGACUCAAACUACCAUUUGCUUAUGUCUGUCCAAGAGAGCUUAGAAAGAAAGUUUGGAAAACAUGGUGGAUCCAUCCCAGUUGUGCCAACAGCAGAAUUCCAGGCUAGAAUAUCUGGUGCAUCUGAGAAAGAUAUUGUCCAUUCUGGCUUGGCAUACACAAUGGAACGAUCUGCAAGGCAAAUCAUGCGUACUGCUAUGAAGUACAACCUUGGUUUGGACCUAAGAACCGCUGCCUACGUAAAUGCUAUAGAAAAAGUAUUCAAGGUGUACAAUGAGGCUGGCCUGACUUUCACAUAAAGAAGGAAACCUGUUGGAUCACUAUAUUUGCCAUCUUUUUCAUAAAAACCUUUUCAUAUAUGUUUACAUGUAACAGAGGCUUUUUGUUUUUUAAAUCUCCCCCCCCUUAACCCAUUUAAGGUUUGUGCCGCGUCGUAGAGGACUCCAAUUCCAGAUGCUUCCGUCCAUUAUUUUUUGGAUUUUUUUUUUGUAAACUUACACUAUUGGUGUAUAAAUUGUCAAAUAGCCGCAUGCAUAGGAAUUAACUAAAUUCUUUAUCAUUUACCUCUUGGCACCUACUUGGUUAUCUGUUCAUCUAAAUUUUUAUGGGGCACAGUCUCAAAUUCCUGUGGGAUUGUGUGGUCUCCAGAAAUGAUUGCUGUUUAACCAGUGAUUUAUUGUAACUGAUCAGGUGAUGAACUGAAGUUCAAGUUAACCACUUACUGCCUUAGAAACAAGGUGUAUGCUGUUGUGUGUUUUUUUUUUUUUUUUUUUAAUAGUACCCACUGUAGCUCAAGUCAUGAGCCAUUGCUGGGUUUUUAGCAAUGUCAUUUCUUUGCCAUGUCUGAGAGCGAAAUCCUUACAUGUACCUUUUAAUUUUAGAAAGGCAGGGGCUUUUUUAAGUUCAGUUCUGACCUACUAUAGAAAUAAAAGCUAAAAUCUCUUCUGAUAACUGUUUAUUGGAUUGCUUCGAAAAUACUUCUAGAUUAAGCCCUUCAUAAUAAUGCACUUUGUGGAUUAAGAACACCUUUUUAUUGAUUUGUUGCAGAUUAAAUUCUGCAGGCCAUUUUUGAGCUUCGCUGCUGGAACAUGAUUCUCUUAAAGUUAUGUUAUAUUUGUUUUAAUGAGAGGGAAGAAAAUAUAAGAAAUAGGGGAGGGGGUGUAAAGAUUCACAAAAUUGGAAUUAAGAUGAAUUUGGAAUUCAAUUAAUCCAGAAAAUUAUUAUAAGACAAAUUCACAAUUGCCUGAACAACAUUAUUAUUUUUUUUUUUUUUUUUUUGCAUAAACCUUGGAGUAAAAAUUUCUCCAGUUUAACUCCCCAUCUUCAUGAAUUUGACUUCCAAAACAUAUGGAGAUAAUGGUACUCAAGAUUUACUUAUUUGGAGUACAGCUUACACCACAGUAACAUUCUGAAACAGCAAUUUAACACACAAAGUGUAAACAAAACUGCUGCAUUCACAAAACAGAUGAAGGCUUAUGUGAAUUUAACAUUUAAUAUUUUUUAUUUUUUUAAUCUUAAUUUCAGUUUCCUUUUAAUUUGGUGAAUCUCCCCCCAUACUGUAUAUGCAAAGUAACCAUGCUGGAGUAAAUGUCUAUUGUAGUCCUUUUAAUGGGACUGAAAGCUCCCUAUAUGCAAUUUGCCAUAAACUGCAUGACUUUGACCCAGGGAUCUACAACAUGUCACAGAUAUCAUUGGCUAAGCAGUGUUAGACUGAUGUCAGACGAGGCGUAAGGGGCAUAUCUUCAGCAAGCGGAAUAACGAUUGCUGAAAAUGCUGCUCUACACCUCCUACUUGUGCCUGCACCCGAAUUAAUAGAAUACGCCCAGGUGCAGGCAUAUGUAGCGGAAAUAUGCAUAAAACCGCGAGAGUUUGAAAGUCUAGCAUUUUUAUGCGUAUUUGGCUACAUGUGCCUGCACCCGAGUGUAUCCUAUUAAUUCGGGUGCAGGCACAUGUAGGAGGUGUAGGGUGGUAUUUUCAGCAAAUUCUUUUCCGCUUGCGGAAAAUACCCGCCCUACGCCUCAUCUGGCAUUAGCCUUAUCUGUGAAGAAAACGGUUAUUUAGGUGCUCAAUGUUGCAUUAAUCACUGACCAUGACUGCAAAAGCUUUGACUCUCCUAACCACCUGAAAAAUACUGUGUAGAUGUUACUAUUUAGCUGAUAUAUUUAACAUUUUUUUAAUAUAAGGCUAGCCCUGCAUAGUUCCAAGGGCUUCUCAGAAGCCUUGGCACAUGUAUGAUAUGCACAUUGGCUUUUUUCUAAGUUUAUAACUGCAUGACUUGACAAGUUAAUCAAACACAUUAAAAAAAACUUAUUUCAAGUAUA